CCAGAUAAGCAAGAUUUAGAAGGGAAUGUAGGGAAAGAACAGACAUCUCCCAUGGUGUACCACUCUACGCCAAGCACUAAAACUAAGGGUAUGAAGACUUGAGUGAUAAAAGUGCAGCAAGAAAUAGGCUAUGUUUAGGAGACUGAUCAGGCGAUAGUGUGAAAGGAAAGGCAAAAACGGCUAACAUAUGAUAUACCUCCUCUUGCAAGGUGGGGAAGGGAUGGAAGCGGGGGGGCGUAGAGAUAACUGCGAUAGGGAGUGAUGUAAGUGGGGGCGUUUGAGGAAGGGGAAUUCAUGUUGUUGCAGCUAUAGGAAAAAGAUAAAACGGGGACAGUCCGACAGGAAAUGCCUUAAGCUGAGGAGCUAAACCAUCAUAAAUUUUGUUGAGGUGAUUCAUCCGCGGUGCGUGUUUGUGUGAGUGAGCAAGGAGCUGCCGAUACAAAGGCCUGGCUGCCGCUGGGGAGAAAUCUCAAAUUUUCAACCCAUCUGUGACAUCAAGAUCACGAUUAAGAUCAGGGGGCUGUUGUUGUUGACAUGACCUGCUGACUUGUUAUGUGGUUUACCAGUCCAGGGCAUAACCUCCAGGGGCUAAAUUAACGUAAAGUGUAGCUGAGACACAAGACUCCAAGACUACUGAGGAAAGCCAUGACGCGGAAGAGGAAAGCUUGUGAGGCUCUUGAUGAACCUUGGGGAAAAGUAGAGGAAGUGGACCAUGAACCUCCUGUUGAGACACUACUUCAAGAGGAGGCAUGCAUCCCCCUCAUGCCAGCUAGCCAGGCCCAUGAUUCCCAAACCAUUGAAAGUGCUCCAGGAGCCAGUGAGGACAUCCUUCAGCAACCAGAGGAAGGAGCCUUGACUAUGGCCUAUACGUGUGACCUGGGCAGUGGGGUGGUUGCUAACGAGGGUGAUGGGUCAGUCAGCCAGAAUAGGAACCUUAAUGCAACAAAGAGACUAAGGAUCUCAGAAGAAGCCCGGCUCAAGAAGAUCAUCAUCACUUGCGAGUGGAGCACCUGCGCCCUAGAGUUCAACAAAAUGGAACGCUUCGUAUCCCACAUAACUGAUCACCUCCUGGCCAUUGCUGAGCCUGUGUCUAAUGAAGGCUACCUGUGCUACUGGAGGGAGUGCGACUUUGCCUGCACCACAAAGGAAGAGAUGGAUCGUCAUGUUUACUUCCAUGCUUUUCAUGCCAAGAUAAAAAGUGUUGGGGCACUCUUGUUGCAGGAAGUAAAUGAAAAAUGCAUUUUGGAUUCUUCUGGACGCAAUGUGGUACCUGAGAUACCGGAAGUUUUUCAGUGCAUGUGGGAAGAUUGCACCACAAAGUUUGCCUCGGCUCAUGACUUCUAUUGCCAUACACUAAGUCAUGUCCGGAACACAGACACAGAGAAUUCAAACAAGAAGGCAUUUGUCUGUGCAUGGGAUGGAUGCUCCUCAUCGUUUGCAAAGCAGGCUCGUCUAAGAGAUCAUGUUCGUAGUCACACUCAGGAGAAGUUAGUGGGUUGCCCAAACUGUGGUGGGAUUUUUGCUUCCAACACAAAAUUCUUUGACCAUUGCUUCCGACAGAUCCCCCUUGAGUCUCAGAAGUACCAGUGUUCCCAUUGCUCGCGAAGGUAUGCUAAUGAGAGAUUGCUUCGAGACCAUGUACGACACCACAUCAAUCACUACAAGUGCCCAGAGUGUGACAUGACCGUACCCAAUAAGUCCACACUAGUGGCCCACAUGCGAUACCGCCACAGGAAAGACAAGCCACACAAGUGUUUGCAGUGUGGGAAAGGGUUCACACUCCUCUCAGAUGUCACUCGUCACCUCUCAGUUCACUCUGCUGAACCAGCUUACAGCUGCCUCUUCCAAAAUUGUACUUACAAAUCCCGCUCAGUGACGGCUUUAAAUAAACACAUUAGACUGGUCCACAAUGGGCUUGACAAGCAUCACUAUGCCUGUCAUGUGUGUGACUUCAGGUUCACCCUUGGAGACUCCCUCACCAAACACCUUAUCAAGACCCACAGCUUUGCGUGGCCAGUGGGACACACCCGGUUCAGAUACAAACAAGAUGAGGAUGGAUUUUACCGGCUACAGACAGUGCGUUAUGAGAGUAUAGAGCUAAACCAGGAGACAGUCAAUGAGGGGGAGGAGGACGAAGAAACAGUGGACUCACCCGAGGCCUCCACAUACCCUUCCUCCCCUGCCUCUCUAAGCACUCAAAGCAGUCAGCUCACACCCAUGGAACCAACAAUGCAACAUAAUGAGGAAGGUGACAAUCAGGACCCACAGCAACUCCUUUGCCAGAAGGAGACAGAAAGCAGAGUCACUGAAUAUCAAGAAAUUAUCAUGCCCUCACAGUUUUAGUCCCUGAUGUAUAAACAUUCAGUUUUAAUUUUGCAAGUUUUGUAGUCAGUAUGCAAAGAAACCAAUUCCCUGGUAAGUUUACAAUAUUACCUUAAUGUCUACUUAUUUUUGUAGAUCAUGAAAAUGUGUCCGGUAGUCAUAGAUAAUCUCUUCCCCCUGCCUUUGUGGUGCAGUUGUCCCACUCAACCCAGAGGAAACAGAACCAGAUUUGUAGACAGAAUUACUGUAAUGCUUUUGUUUAUAUGUACGUGAUAUCUACUUUCUAAAUAUUUCUGUCAUUGUCAUUUGAUUUGACUUAAAAGUUUAUAUAUAUAUAUAUAUAUAUAUAUAUAUAUAUAUAUAUAUAUAUAUAUAUAUAUAUAUAUAUAUAUAUAUAUAUAUAUAUAUAUAUAUAUAUAUAUAUAUAUAUAAUGCUUUCGUUUUGAUAUUUGAAAUAUGUAGAUAUGAAUUACUUACCAUGAAGAGAUCUUACUUUAUAUAAAUAUGUACUUCAAUAAUAUUAAUUUGUGUCAGUGUUAUAAUACUUUUAAUUUGUGUACAUAUUUAUGUAUCAAUUUUAUCUGUGUUAUAUUUCCUUGACAAAAGCUUACAUGUAAAUCAAGACUGCAGAGUCAAAGUAACUACAAAACCAUGCUAGUGGUCCGCUGUGUACAGUGUGAUUUAUGUUGGAAUUUUACUUUUACCCUCGUGAUGUCAGGUACUUAUUAUUUCCUAUACUGUAGGAACUUGAUUUUGGUGAUACUGUAUUUAGUUUGGCAAUAGGUAUCAAAGGCGCCAGUUUUAAUUUUAGCAAACUUUCCAUGUGAUAAUUCAUUGUUCCUAAAAAUUUGUCCCACCACUCUCAAAGAUACCUAAAUCUAUCAAAUCAGCAAUUUUACAAUUUUAUUGAAAUGAAUUUUUUUAUCAUUCUGUGUUAAUUAAUUGGAAUCUUUUAACUGACUGAAUUUUAAUAUAAAGAACACAUGAAUUAGAUUAUCAAAGUUGUAUUCUGCACAUUAGAAACCUCUCCUCGGUGUAGUACAGUCAAACCUCGGUGUACGAGUGCCCUUGUUAAUAAGUGUUUUGAUUUACGAGCAAAAAAAAAAUCACAAAACAAGCCUUGGUUUACAAGCAGACUUGGUAUACGAACAUCCUGUUUGUAUUUUUAUUUUUUUAUUUUUUUCCCCCCCACCACCUCACGGAGGCCGUUGGGGUCAAACGCGUACGUCCCUCUGAGGAGGAACCACAGACCCCUGCCGGGUGACUGCUCAUGAAGGGGAGGAGAGGAUGCUGAUAGACAGACUAUCAGGUGAUGUCAGCCUAGCUGACCAAGUCGGUCUUUCGAUGAGGACUGGCGUGUUUUUUUGUACAAGUCAAAGCCGUGAACGUGGGUUCCCUUUGUUCGCCGCAAGACGAGAGUGCUCAAAGAGGAGAACAAUGGAAAUAAUCUCAGUUUGAGUUGCCACCUUGAGCUAAAAAAAUAAGGAAUGCAACAUCCGAUUCUCCAAUACAGAACAAAUUCAUAUUUUAAGGAACAGGUGGCAACCCUAAAAUUUCUGUAGCCUGCCAUGAGUGACAGUUUCUGCUGGGCAAGACAGGAGGAAUGGGGAAGGGAUGUUACGAUGCGUAUUUUUACACAUAUUUCAGUACAACCCUUGACAAACAUAAUUUUAUGGAAUGGUUUUGUGGUUCACCUAAAAAUGUGCUCAGUACAGUUUUAAAAUACUGAAUUUUAUCUGCUUAACCAUUCAGACAGCCAAAUAUGGAACAAAUGGCAUUCUGUAUUUUAAGGAAAGGGUGGCAUGUUGGCAACUCUAGUCACAGUCCAAGUUGUAAACUCAGAGAUAAUGUCCGUGCACCCGUGUCCGAUUGCAUUUGUGCUUUGGUGUGCGAUCUUAAGUGUUUUCAGCACUACAUUGUGCAUUCUUUGUGCUUCAACAAUGUCCCCAAGAAAGAUGGUUAAAAGGGAUGGUGCUGCAAAGAAGAAAACAGGAGCGGUGGAUACUAUGCUCGCAACUGGAUUGGGGUGCGAGCCUCAGCAGCUUGUAUGCCCUCCGGGAUGUGACUGUGCCUCUCGUUCACCCUCCAUCUUGGACAAUAUGUCGGUUUAGCUUCACGUUGGUAGUCGAACAUAGUUCCAGUGCCUCGAGAAUAGGGAAACUGCAAAGCCUACACCUCGGACGGAAUUUGCAGUUACAGGAGUCUCUGUAACAACUGUAACACAUUGAUUUAUGUUUUAUAUUAUUUAUUAUUGCUAUUAGUUAGUAAAAUUACUUUAAUUCUGGAUGAAAUAACAUGUGAAAAGAUUUUUAAAUAUUUUUUUUGAUAUGGGAUGCAUUAAUGGGAAUUACAUUAAUUUCAAUGGGGAAAAAAUUUGUUUUGGCUUAUGAGUGUUUUGAUGUGCGAGCAAGAUUCCGGAAUGAAUUAAACUCGUAAACCGAGGUAUGACUGUAGUUUAUAAAUAUGCCUAGCCUCCUGAUGUUAGCUUAAUCAAUUAUUUUCUCACGUAGAUGAUUACAAUGCUUUACUGUAAGGUCUUCCAAAGUAUAUACUAAAGAUAGAAAGUGUUA